AUGACGGCCCGCCUGGAGCCUCCCCAGCGGCGUCCUGGAGUCGGGAUAGGAGUAGUGGUAAUUAGCAGCCAGCAUCCUCGUUGUGUCCUCCUGGGCAAGAGGAAAGGGUCAGUUGGAGCCGGCAGUUUUCAACUUCCUGGAGGCCAUUUGGAGUUCGGUGAAACGUGGGAAGAAUGUGCUCAAAGGGAAACCUGGGAAGAAGCAGCUCUUCACCUGAAAAAUGUUCGCUUUGCCUCAGUUGUGAAUUCCUUUGUUGAGAAAGAAAAUUACCAUUAUGUGACCAUACUAAUGAAAGGAGAGGUAGAUAUGACUCAUGACCCGGAACCCAAGAACACAGAGCCUGAAAAAAAUGAAAGUAAGAGAAUUAUAAUACACUCAUACAUCUUCUGA